AUGUUCUCCUCCAACACCUCCCAGGAGCCCCCAAAUAACGGGACCCCAGGGCCUUUUGAUGGCCCCCAGUGGCCCCACCAGGCCCCCCGGGGCACAUACCUGUCGGUGGCCGUGCUGAUGGGCAUCGUUGUGGUCUCUGCCUCGGUUGUGAACGGCCUGGUCAUCGUGGUUUCCAUCAGAUACAAGAAGCUCCGGUCACCCCUGAACUACAUCCUGGUGAACCUGGCUGUGGCUGAUCUGCUGGUAACCAUCUGUGGCAGCUCCAUCAGCUUCUCCAACAACAUCAAUGGCUUCUUCGUGUUUGGCAAAGGGAUGUGUGAGCUGGAGGGCUUCAUGGUCUCUCUGACAGGCACUGUGGGGCUGUGGUCCCUGGCCAUCCUGGCCUUUGAGCGGUACAUCGUGAUCUGCAGACCCCUGGGAGACUUCCGGUUCCAGCACCAACACGCGGUCACCGGCUGCGCCUUCACCUGGGGCUGGUCACUGCUGUGGACAACCCCUCCACUCUUGGGCUGGAGCAGCUAUGUGCCCGAAGGUCUGAGAACCUCUUGUGGGCCCAACUGGUACACUGGUGGCAGCAACAACAACAGUUACAUCUUGACCUUGUUUGUCACCUGCUUCGUGAUGCCCCUCAGCCUGAUCCUCUUCUCCUACACCAACCUGCUGAUGACCCUGCGAGCGGUAAGUGCAGCGGGUUCAGGCGAGUUAAUGCAGGGGGAGCGGGAGGUGACACGCAUGGUGAUCGUGAUGGUGAUGGCCUUCCUCACCUGCUGGCUGCCCUAUGCCACGUUUGCCCUGGUGGUGGCCACCAACAAAGACAUUGUCAUCCAACCAGCUCUUGCAUCCCUGCCCUCCUACUUCUCCAAGACCGCCACGGUUUACAAUCCCAUCAUCUACGUCUUCAUGAACAAACAGUUUCAGAGCUGCCUGCUGACCAUGCUGUGCUGCAGAUACCAGCCUUGGGGAAGGGGAAAAACUGCUCCAGCUGCACCCAGCCCCCCCAGAGCCAUCCCUGCACAGGGGAUGUCGAAUAAGGUGGCACCAUCUCACCCCAUCUAA